GGCGUGGCGUUCGGCUGACGUCACAGGCUGCGCCUCCCACCUGCAUUGUGCUGUGCGCCGACCGGGUUGGGGACACUCCGGGUCCAGUGACACCGGGAGCUGCGACACCGGGGAGCGGAGUACGGGCCCUAUCAGCGGACACUCACACUGUGAAGAUACAUUUUCUAAAGUUUUGGAUUUCAGUCCUGUGAAUGACACUGUAUUGUACGGACGUUCGGUGGUUGACGUCUAGAGGGGCACUUAGACCAACUGCUAUCCUCGUCUCUCCACUACUGCUUGUCUGAGACUAGUGGGAGUGGUAUUCUGAUCACCUCCAGAGGGCAUAAAUCUGCUAAACGUAUCUGAUAAGAGUUAUCAUCUGGGUAUGAAUAAAACCAAAAUGCUGGAGAAUGUUAAGUUUGCAAUGACACACUUGCUUCUGGGCACCCUGGCAUCCAUGGUCACCACGGCAGCUGCCUCCUGCACAGGCUCGUCCUGCAGCAAUGUCACCACCAGGGAUUACUGCUACAGCGCCCGCAUCCGCAGCACUGUGCUGCAGGGCCUGCCCUUUGGAGGGGUACCCACCGUCCUGGCUCUCGAUUUCAUGUGCUUCUUGGCCCUGCUCUUUGUCUUCUCCAUUCUGCGGAAAGUGGCAUGGGAUUAUGGGAGAUUAGCGCUGGUCACCGACGCAGACAGACAGCGACGGCGGCAGCAGUUUCAAGAGGAGCGGGAAUAUGUGGCGUCUGCAAUGCACGCUGACAGCCAUGACCGCUAUGAGCGUUUAACCUCCGUGUCCAGCUCCGUGGACUUCGAACAACGGGACAAUGGUUUCUGCUCCUGGCUGACUGCAAUAUUCAGAAUAAAGGAUGACGAGAUCCGUGCAAAAUGUGGUGCAGAUGCGGUGCACUACCUCUCGUUCCAGCGCCACAUCAUUGGGCUCCUGGUGGCUGUUGGAGUUCUCUCUGUGGGCAUCGUACUCCCAGUCAACUUCUCAGGGGACCUGCUGGAAAACAACGCAUACAGUUUUGGGAGAACCACCAUCGCCAACCUGGACUCAAGGAAUAACCUGCUGUGGUUGCACACCACUUUUGCUUUUCUGUACCUGCUGCUCACGGUGUACAGCAUGCGCCGACACACAUCCAAGAUGCGCUACAAGGAGGACGAUUUGGUGAAACGCACACUGUUUAUCAACGGCAUAUCUAAAUACGCAGAACCCGAAAAGAUCAAGAAACACUUUGAAGAGGCCUAUACCAAUUGUACGGUGCUGGAAGCAAGGCCGUGCUAUGAUGUGGCCAGACUGAUGUUUUUGGAUGCUGAAAGAAAAAAAGCUGAACGAGGCAAAUCUUACUUUACCCAUCUAAAGAACAAAGAGGACCAAACAAGUCUGAUCAAUCCUAAACCUUGCGGCCAUCUGUGCUGCUGUGUAAUCAAAGGGUGUGAGCAGGUGGAGGCCAUAGAAUAUUACACUCGGCUGGAGCAGAAUCUCAAGGAGGAUUAUAAGAAGGAGAAGGAGAAAGUAAAUGAGAAACCCUUAGGAAUGGCAUUUGUCACAUUUCACAAUGAGGCGAUCACAGCCAUGAUUCUGAAGGAUUUUAAUGUGUGUAAGUGCCACGGCUGCAGCUGCCGUGGGGAACCCAAGUCGUCCUCGUGCAGUGAGUCACUGCAUGUCCAUAACUGGACCGUGAGCUACGCCCCCGACCCACAGAACAUCUACUGGGAGCACCUCUCCACACGUGGCUUCAUCUGGUGGAUCCGUUGUCUGAUCAUAAAUGUCAUACUCUUCCUCCUUCUAUUCUUCCUCACUACGCCAGCGAUAAUCAUAACCACAAUGGACAAAUUCAACGUGACAAAACCAGUGGAGUAUCUGAACAAUCCUAUUAUAACCCAGUUCUUCCCCACUCUGUUGCUGUGGGCUUUCUCUGCUCUGCUCCCAACCAUCGUCUAUUAUUCUGCCUUCUUUGAAGCUCACUGGACCAGGUCUGGAGAGAAUCGAACUACAAUGCACAAGUGUUACACCUUCCUGAUCUUCAUGGUGCUGCUUCUGCCAUCGCUGGGGCUGAGCAGCUUGGAUCUGUUUUUCAGAUGGCUUUUUGACCAAAAGUUUCUGGCAGAAGCCGCCAUCCGGUUUGAGUGCGUGUUCCUUCCGGAUAAUGGAGCAUUCUUUGUUAAUUAUGUAAUUGCCUCUGCUUUUAUUGGAAAUGCCAUGGACCUGCUGCGGAUCCCAGGUCUGCUGAUGUACAUGAUCCGACUAUGUCUGGCGCGUUCCGCCGCAGAACGCAAAAAUGUAAAACGACACCAAGCCUAUGAGUUCCAGUUUGGUGCAGCAUAUGCCUGGAUGAUGUGCAUUUUUACCGUUGUCAUGACCUACAGUAUCACGUGUCCGAUUAUUGUGCCAUUUGGCUUGAUGUAUAUGCUGCUGAAACACCUGGUGGACAGAUACAACCUGUACUACGCCUACCUGCCGGCCAAGCUGGACAAGAAAAUCCACUCUGGUGCGGUCAGCCAGGUGGUGGCAGCCCCUAUUCUCUGCCUGUUCUGGCUGCUGUUCUUCUCUACAGUGAGAACUGGAUUCCUGGCUCCAACGUCAAUGUUCACGUUUGUGGUCCUGGUUAUCACCAUUGUGAUUUGCUUGUGCCAUGUGUGCUUUGGGCACUUUAAAUACCUCAGUGCCCACAACUACAGGAUUGACCACACAGAGGUAAAUGCUGUGGAUGGGACACAGAAUGGCCGACCAUCAUCUAAUGCCUCCUCUCACAAAACCACAAAAUACAUUGCACAGGUCCUGCAGGACUCCUCUGCGGAUACCGAGCCUGCUGCAGACAGCGAGGAUACCGAGGAGCAAGGCUCGCAGGAUGAAGAGAUGAUAAAUGCAGACAGCACACAGGAUGCAGAGUUCCAGUCUUGCGAGGAUAGUCUAAUUGAAAAUGAGAUCCAUCACUGACACAAACCAGAUGGGCUAAGGGGAGCACCAGACUGCACUGGGGGUGCUGUGCGCCAUUUUCUGAAGAUGUCCCCUCCGCCCUGUUCUGCCUACGCUAUACAGACUGUGUGAGAGCCAUGUACAGGACUCUGCCUGCUCUGUGUACACUAUACAGACUGUGUGUGAGCUAUGUACAGGAAACUAAGUGCACUGUGUACACUAUACUGACUGUGUGAGAGCCAUGUACAGGAAGCUGCCUGCUCUGUGUACACUGUACAAACUGUGUGAGAGCCAUGUACAGGAAACUGCCUGCUCUGUGUACAGUGUACAGACUGUGUGAGAGCCAUGUACAGGACUCUGCCUGCUCUGUGUACACUACAGACUGUGUGAGAGCCAUGUACAGGAAGCUGCCUGCUCUGUGUACACUGUACAAACUGUGUGAGAGCCAUGUACAGGACUCUGCCUGCUCUGUGUACACUAUACAGACUGUGUGAGAGCCAUGUACAGGACUCUGCCUGCUCUGUGUACACUAUACUGACUGUGUGAGAGCCAUGUACAGGAAGCUGCCUGCUCUGUGUACACUGUACAAACUGUGUGAGAGCCAUGUACAGGAAACUGCCUGCUCUGUGUACAGUGUACAGACUGUGUGAGAGCCAUGUACAGGACUCUGCCUGCUCUGUGUACACUACAGACUGUGUGAGAGCCAUGUACAGGAAGCUGCCUGCUCUGUGUACACUGUACAGACUGUGUGAGAGACAUGUACAGGACUCUGCCUGCUCUGUGUACACCGUACACAUUGUAUACAGAUCCCAUGUUCAGUGUUGUAGGCUUCCUUGCACACCUGCUUUCUGUAUUGUACUAGUUAUGUGAUUAUGCUGACAGUGGAAUCCUGUGCCCCUUUUCCCUCAUGAUAAAAUGACAUGUAUGAGUGAAGCUUGGCACUGUAACGUCUGCCCAUGGAGAGACCCACAGUGCUGUCUUAAAAUUAGGAAGAAACUGGUAUUCGUGUGAUAACUGGGAGAAUUUAUGUAGUGUUGAGAGAGUGGUGUGGGUGAGACCGGCAUUGCCACUUGGAUGGUAAAGUGGAGUGGAGUGGAAUAGAAUGCCAUGCUGUGAGUGAGAUUGUGACCUGGUGGUAGGCCGAGCAUAAGGAGCGGGGAGUGAGUGAGUGAGUGGCGAGCGGGCGGGGAGUGCAUGACGAGCACUGCUUUUUUGUUUUGCUGUGUUUAAAAAUAUAAGCUGUUUUGUGUCUGUGUAGUUGACUACUUUCACUGGCUGCACUUUAGCGUUAAAUGGGGCAGGGUGUAUGUGAUAGGGAGGCUGGCCCUUCAUGUUUGCUUUAAAUGGUUUAGGCAGGGUAUGCACUGUCUGUGAAGUGUACACGACACCGCUUAGCAGAGCUGCUUGAUGCUGUAUAAGGGGGAGGCUGGCACUGCCUCUGUCCGUGUCGGUGUGUACGUGUGUCACUGCCUCUGCUGUAGCUUUCUGAUAUGUAGUUAUAACGUUUGGCUGUGGAUGUUAGAAUAGCAUUAGUCUCCCUCCUUAUACUUCUUGUUCGUUCCCGCUUUCCUGCUAAACACCCCCAGAAUGGACACUGCAAGUGGCAUCAUGACAAACCCUGCCUGUAUUCCUCUGUGCAAGUCUCCCGCCUGGCUGUGCUAUGAAUACGAAGUGGGACUGCAGCCGCUGGAAACACAGCCAGGGAUAUUCCAGAAAGAUACAGACCAACUUCUAACGUUCUAUGAACUCCUUGCGUUCAUACAGAUUGACUGAUUAUUGCCGCGGCCACUGAUUUGCACUUGGAUGGAUAUUUGAAGACUUGUUUCCCGUGGCUCACUUGCCAGCACUUUGUAUUAACAUUUAGCAAAAGAGAAUCUUCACACUUUGGAACAGCAUUGGAUGGGCUAAUACCACCUCCCCUGGAAGGCGCAGUCCUGGGCCGGUGGUUUGAAGAUUAGAAUUGUUCUCAUGACUUGUUAAGAGAUUGUGAUCCUCCUUGUGGGGGAUGGGAAGAAAGUACAGCGUGAUGUGUUGCGGUUAGAUUUACUAAGUGGUGAUAUAAUUAUCCCUGCUCAGUAAAUCAGCCGGCUGUCUGCUUGCACUACACUAAAUUCACAAUUGUAGUGAAUUGAAAUCCGAACAACUAAAUUCCAGCUAAAAUACCUGGAAACUUGGUCUCACUCCACUUUAGUCACACUACUGGCUAUUUUAUCCCCAAUCUUGCAGUUCAUUUUUCAGUUCUCUCCGAUUCUGUACUGGACAAUUUUCACUCUAUUUUGUAAUUCAGAUUUCGCUUGGCUGCUGUUAGAAACUGAGUGAAUUACACUGUCUGGGCUCAUACAUUGGCUGUUUCCAUGUAAUGCCAAGUGACGUCUUUAUAACUGGCUUUCUCCUCUGUUUCACUAACCUCACUAAUGUGGAGUGCCAAGAUUUACACUAAUGUCUGUCGGCUGUCUGGCAUGUUCAGCCUUAAAGGAACACACACGUGUUUGCAGUUAGUUACUGGAGAGGCUAUUACAUGGGCUACUAAAUCCUGCAUGGCCAAUCAUGCAAGCAAAACAUUUAUGGAUCCAUUUUGAUUGUUGAUCAAACAAUCAAAGGAGGGAGGGUGGAAAACAUUUAAAAAAGGUUUAUACUACCAGUUUAGAAGACUGUGGUUGUUUUUUUUUUAUAAAGAGUGCAAAUUGUGCCCCUCCACCUAUGCUUUAUAAUUACCUGCAAUGUAGAUUGUGUGAAAGCAGGGUAGUUGAUAAUACAUUUAAUAGUCCUGGCUCCUGACCAGGUCCUGAUGACAUGAGGCAGGCUGGAAGUCUCAGACGUUUAUUAGUAAGGCAAUCAUUGUUGAAACAAGUGGAAUUAUCAGAGCAUUUCAUGGUAACUUGUAGCUGAUUUUCCCAUUUUUUGUCUGUAAGAUUUUUAUAAUGUCCUCUGAUAAGAUUUUAUAUAGUCUGACACUGCAGCGUGCAGGUGACAAUAUGCGAUGCUCCCGACACAAGUACACCAUUCCUGACAAUUCACUGCCCAAAUUGCAACCGGUUCAGCCAUAUUGGCCAUGUGUGACUAAUUGGCCGAGCUACGGGGG